UCUCUCUGCCUGCCACUCUCCUCUCCACUCUCCCGCGCCGCCCGAUCCCCGGGAGAACCCACCGGCAUCGCGCCCCCCGUGCCUUCCACCCGCCGUGCGCCGCCAUGGACAAGGCCGCGCUGGUGGCGGACCCCGACGGCGCCGCGCGCGCCGGCGCCGGCGGCUCGUUCGCCGGCCUGCGCGCGUACGGGCGCGCGCUGGCGCAGACGCCGCGCCGCCUGGCGCGGCGCGCGUGCGCGGCGACGGCGCCCGGCGAGGAGAUGAGCCGCGUCCGGGCGCGCUCCGGCGCCCGCAUGGCGCGCGCGCUGCGGUGGUGGGACCUCGUGGGGCUCGGCCUCGGCGGCAUGGUCGGCGCCGGCGUGUUCGUCACCACGGGCCGCGCCGCGCGCCUGUACGCGGGGCCCGGCGUCGUCGUCUCCUACGCCAUUGCCGGCCUCUGCGCCCUGCUCUCCGCCUUCUGCUACACCGAGUUCGCCGUCGACAUGCCCGUCGCCGGCGGCGCCUUCAGCUACCUCCGCGUCACCUUCGGCGAGUUCGCGGCUUUCCUGACGGGGGCGAACCUGAUCAUGGAGUACGUCCUCUCCAACGCCGCCGUGGCGCGGAGCUUCACGGCGUACCUGGGCACGGCGGUCGGCGUCGACGCGCCCAGCAAGUGGCGGAUCCCCGUGCCGGGCCUGCCGGAGGGGUUCAACCAGGUGGACCUCGUCGCCGUCGGCGUCAUCCUCCUCGUCUCCGUCUGCAUCUGCUACAGCACCAAGGAGAGCUCGUUGGUGAACCUGGUCCUGACGGUGGUGCACGUGGCGUUCAUCCUCUUCGUGAUCGCGAUGGGGUUCAAGCACGGCGACGCGCGCAACCUGAGCCGCCCCGCCGACCCGUCCCGGAGCCCCGGCGGCUUCUUCCCGCGCGGCGCGGCGGGGGUGUUCGACGGCGCCGCCGCGGUAUACCUGAGCUACAUCGGCUACGACGCCGUGUCCACCAUGGCCGAGGAGGUGGAGCACCCCGCGCGCGACAUCCCCGCCGGCGUCUCGGGCUCCGUCGCCGCCGUCACCGCGCUCUACUGCCUCAUGGCCGCCUCCAUGUCCAUGCUCCUCCCCUACGACGCGAUCGACCCGGAGGCGCCGUUCUCGGGGGCGUUCAAGGGGAAGACGGGGAUGGCGUGGGUGUCCAACGUGAUCGGCGCCGGCGCGAGCCUCGGCAUCCUGACGUCGCUCAUGGUGGCGAUGCUCGGGCAGGCGCGCUACCUCUGCGUCAUCGGCCGCUCCGGCGUCAUGCCGGCCUGGCUCGCCCGGGUGCACCCCGGCACCGCCACCCCCGUCAACGCCUCCGCCUUCCUCGGCCUGCUCACGGCGGCGCUGGCGCUGUUCACGGAGCUGGACGUGCUGCUGGACCUGGUCUCCAUCGGCACGCUCUUCGUCUUCUACAUGGUGGCCAACGCCGUCGUGUUCCGCCGGUACGCCGGCGACGGCGACGGGCGCAGGAGGGCGUGGCCGGCGCUGGCGUUCCUGGGCGCCUUCUCCCUGAUCGCGCUCGCGUUCACGCUGGUGUGGCAGCUCGCGCCGGCCGCCGCCGCCGGCGGCGCCAGGACGGGCCUCCUCGCCGCGUGCGCGGCGCUCGCGGUCGCCACGGUCGCCGCGUUCCAGGCGUUGGUGCCGCAGGCCCGCGCCCCGGGGCUGUGGGGCGUGCCCGGGAUGCCGUGGGUGCCCGCGGCGUCCGUGUUCCUCAACGUCUUCCUGCUGGGCUCGCUGGACCGCCCCUCCUACGUCCGCUUCGGCUUCUUCUCGGCCGCCGCCGUGCUCGUGUACGUGCUCUACAGCGUGCACGCCAGCCACGACGCCGAGGAGAGCGGCGGCGGCGCGCUGGAUUGCGGCGGCGGUGGCGCCGCCAAGGUGCAGGACGACGAAGGGUGCAAGGUCUAGCUUAGCUACCAGGGUGGCUGGCUUAUGCAGGCAGAGAGCCUACUCUGCUCUGUCGCGAUCCGUCUCCUUUUAGAUGCUUUUAAUUAGGUAAUGACUAAUGGGGAUUAGUGGUGAUGAACUGAUGAAUCGAUCUGACAUGCAUGAGACAAAAAGGGGGAAAAAAGAUUAGCGGAGGAAAAUAGAGAGAGAGAAAAGAGAGUAUCAGUAUCAGAUGCUCCUGUAAUUUGCAAGAUGAAAUGUACAUAAUCUACCUGUUGGGUUCCA